CUAAUUUUAUUUUUUUUAUUUUGCAUUGUAGCAAAACACCGAAAACUGAUUAUACGUACUCGGAACUGUCACCGCAUCGCCGCCAGCUGGCACCGGGAAUCGUCGCAAUGCCGAACAUGUCGCGUCGCAGCCUGGAGCAUCAUGAUCAGCGCGUGAAUUACAUGGUCGAUCGUAAUCCAGCUCAAGAGGAGUUCAUACGCCGUCGCUACCAGGCGAACUAUACGCAUCUGAAUUACGACUCGGCCGACGAGCUAGACAACACACAGUCCAACCAGCAGGUGCAGACCUGGUGGCUGCUGCGCGUCAUCACCAGCAUCGUGAGCAGCAUCAGCAGCGUGUGGACUAGCAUUGCGAACAUAUCCGAAACGGAAUCGAGCGCCUAUCAGAACUACUAUGCCAAGCGCGAUCGUCAGCCAAAGCAUGGCCUUAUCGUCUCCAGCCUGUUGGGCUUGAUGCGUUACAUCUACAUCGGCAUCGCCUCGGUGCUCAGCCUGGACACUUGGCUGCUCAGGUCCAACAAUCCGGAGAACAAGUGGAAGAAGCGUUUCUUGCUCUUUCUGCUCUUACUGUUGCCAGUACUGAUGGUAGUGGGUUGGCAGCUGUUGCCGGCGGAGCAGCGCUUGGAGCUGGCGCAACGCACUGAGGCGCUGCUGCCUUUGCCUCUGACUGCCUUUGACUCGCUGCGUGGGGGAUUGUUGCAGGCUAGCGCUGCUUUGAUGACGCUGUGGCUGCCACGCGAGCAGCAGGAGGCGGCUGCCAUUAGGCUCAAUGUGGAGCAAGCGCAGCAGAGCAUGCAGAAGUCGCUCACCCCGGAGGAGUAUGAGAACAUACUGAAUCAUGUGAACAGCUAUGUGCAGCAGCUGGUGGAGCUGAAGCUGCAGCAGCAAGCCAAGGAGCAGCUGCAGCAGCGGCAGCAAUUGUCGCCGCAACAGAUACAGAUCAUAGUUAAGCUCAUGCGCGAGAAUCUGCAGCAGUUUGCGGAUCAGCGGGCGCAGCUCAGUGAGCAGCAGCUGGCCGACUUGGUGCUGCGCUUGAAGCUGGAACUGCAGCAGUCGGGCGAGUGGCAGGGGGGACAGGCAAAGCUGACGUCCGCGCAGCUCGAGGAGAUCACGCGCCUGGUCAAGGCGGAGUUCAAUCUUAAGGAAGAGCACUAUACGCUGCUGCUGGAGCGCAUCGAUGUGGGUGCGCUGCUUGAGCGGCUGCUGGGCUCAGCAGAGCUUGCUGAAUUUGUCGACGCACGCAUCAAUGUGGAACUGCAGCAGCAGCAGCAAGCCAAGGAGGAGGGCUCGGGCCAGUCGAAUGCGGAUCAGCAAAUCGAACAGCUAAACAGGGAAAUUGCAUUCAUCAAGCUGGCGCUCUCAGACAAGCAGACGGAGAACGCCGACCUGCAGCAGUCCAUCAGCAAUCUGAAGCUCACGCAGGACGAUUUGCUGGCGCGCAUGCAGCAGCACGCGCUGGCGCAGGAUCAGCGCUUCAGCGGCCUCCUCGCCGAGAUCGAGGCCAAGCUGGCGGCCCUGAAUGAGUCGCAGUUCACGCUGCUCAACAAGCAGGUGAAGCUGACGUUGGUCGAGAUAUUGGGCUUCAAGCAGACAGCGGGCGGCAAACUGGAUGAUUUGGAUCUGCAGAACUGGGUGCGUAGCAUGUUCGUGGCCAAGGACUAUCUGGAGCAGCAGCUGCUCGAGUUGAACGAGAAGACCAACAACAACAUACGCGCCGAGAUCGAACGCUCCAGCCUUGUCCUGAUGAGCGACAUUAGCGAGCGGCUCAAGCGCGAGAUCCUGCUCGUCGUGGAGGCCAAACAGAAUGCCAGCUCCCAGUCGCUGAAGGCGCUCAUGCACGACGAUGAGGUGCGCAAUAUAGUCAAAUCUGUGCUGGCCAUCUACGAUGCGGAUAAAACGGGCCUGGUCGACUUUGCCCUGGAGUCGGCGGGCGGGCAAAUUCUGUCCACGCGUUGCACCGAAAGCUAUCAGACCAAAUCGGCGCAGAUCUCCGUCUUUGGCAUUCCGCUCUGGUAUCCCACCAAUACGCCCAGGGUGGCCAUAUCGCCCAACGUGCAACCAGGCGAGUGCUGGGCCUUUCAGGGAUUUCCCGGAUUUCUGGUGCUGAAGCUCAACUCCAUGGUUCACGUCACUGGCUUCACGCUGGAGCACAUACCCAAGAGCUUGUCGCCAACAGGGCGCAUCGAUUCGGCGCCACGCAACUUUACCGUUUGGGGACUGGAGCACGAGAAGGAUCAGGAUCCGGUGCUGUUCGGUGAGUAUGAGUAUCAGGAUAACGGUGCCUCCCUACAAUUCUUUCCCGUGCAAAACAUGGACAUCAAGCGUCCCUAUGAGAUCGUCGAGCUGCGCAUCGAGUCGAAUCAUGGCCAGCCGGACUAUACGUGCCUGUACCGCUUUCGUGUGCACGGCAAGCCGCCACCCUCCUCAUAGAUACCUAGGAGCCUUGGCUCCGCUUCAGUCAGGUGUACAUAAUGUCAGUGCCUUAAAAAGGAAACUUUACAAUACUUACAAGAGGAAGAACUAGAAGCAGAACAUCUACUUACAACAGCUUAAGGUUAAGAAUACGUUAACUACAAAUAAAAAACGUAAGGCUAUAGCGUUUAAGUGUUUUUGUAUGAUAUUUAAGUCGGGGCAGUGUGUUAACCUUAACCAGCAUAUGUAUAUAUAUAUAAAGAUAUAUAUAGGCUUAAACUAAUAGUAGUUGCCUCGAGCCGUGUGCAGUGUGUCCUAUAAUAUUUAUUAUGAUUUAGUUAUUGAUUAGCGCGCUUAUUUUAAAAAAUAUUCAAGUGUAAACGAAAUUAAUUUUAAACUGUUUUUGCCAUUUGUAGAACGUUCUGAACUUAAUAGUCAUAGGCUUACAACUAACCUAACUAAGCCAUUUACUUGCUAUAUAUAUAAUAUAUAUAUAAAGCUAUAGAUGUUACUUUAAGUUAUUCUUAGGUUUCUAUUUUUUAUACAUGUUCAAGUACGAAUUGUUUGUAAACUAUGCCAUAGAAAUUGGAAUUGAAAACGGAAUUGAAACAAUAGCUGAAACAUAUAACGGAAACUCAUUGAAAUGCCGCGCAAUAGCAAUAAAUAAAUAUCUCAUUUUUUUUAUAAAUUAUUGAAGAAUAUAUAUGAAACGGAAUUUACAUAUCUCGAACCCAUUAACAUUUCAACAAUUUGUAUACGUUCUUAACUAAUUUAUAUGCUAAGCAGUUGAACCCAAAAAUAGUUAGUAAAUUAAUGAUAUUUUUAAUCUAUUAUUUAUAAACACAUUUGUUGUAACUUGUAAGUACAAACGUAAUAGCCUAAACAACAUUAUAAUAGUCUACCCAGUU